AUGAAACAACAUAUUUUGCUAUUAUUUAUUAUAAUAAUAAAAGUAAGGGAUAUGACUAUGAUUUCUAUAAAAAGAAAUAGGAAUGUAUUGAUAAAAAUGAAGUUGAAUUGUGACAAGAAAAGAAGAGUUAACAAAAUCUAUUUUAUAAAUAGGUAUAAUGAAUUAAAAACAAGAUUAGUAGUAAAAAAAAAAAAAAAAUAUAUAACAACAUAUGGUAGGGAUCACAGAAAUCCUUAUUUAGCAUAUGAAUAUAUCAAUAAAAUAAUUGAAAAUAAAAAAUAUGAAGUAAGUAAAUUAAUGGAAGAAAAUUGUGAUGAAAAUAAUCCAUUGCAAAUACGAAUGAAAUAUUUACAGCAUACAAUGAAUAAUAAAUUAUCAGAAAAUUUAAGAAGAGUUAGCCCUGAUGAAAAACAUAGAUUAUCAUUAAUAGCAGAUAUAAAAAGAAAAGUCUUUUGUAGUGCCAAUAGGAAAAAAGGAGAUAAUAAUUUAAUAAAUGGAGUAGAAGAAAAAGAAAGUCAAGAAAUUAAUUUUUUGCAAAAUAAAAAUUAUGUAUAUCAAAAUAAUUUCUUAAAUUUAGCAAAUCCUGGUAAUGUUAGUUUGUUGUUACAUCAAAUAGGUUUUGAUGUGUUAAUUGUUAAUACUGACAAUUUAUCAUCUGAAGGAAUGUUAAAUGAUUUAACUGAAGUAAUAAAAAGUACAAGAACAUUACCUAGGAAUAUUAGGCCAGCAGUAGUAGUUGAUGAUGUGAUAAUUCAUCCAAUUCAAAUUGCCUUAGCUGUUGAAAAUAAAGCAGAUGGAGUAAUUUUAAAUUUAUCCUAUUUAAAAAAUGAUCUUGAAGAAAUGCUAAGUUAUUGUGUUAAUUUAGGAACUCAAGCUAUUGUAGAAGUACAUGAUUACAAUGAUAUUUAUUUUGCUACAAAAUGCGGUAGUUAUAUAAUUAUGAUUAAUGAAUUUGAUUUUUUAAAUAAUAAUUAUGAAUAUAAUCAUGCAAUAAAGGCUAUAAAUUAUACUAUACCUGAAAUAAUUACUAUAGCGAAAAUUAAUGUUAGUGAUAUAAAUUAUGUAGAAAAAUUAGGAAGUUUAGGUUAUGAUAGUAUUUGCUUAGAAAAGAAACUAAUUGAUGAUGAUUUGGAAAAUUUUGUUAAUUUAUGUAAAAACUGGAAUGCUCCCCACAAAACAUUAUUAUAUUUAAAUAGAAAUAAUUAUUUAAAAGAAUUUCUCACCUAUAAAAAUUCAUCAGAAGAAAAACAUAAAGAAAUUACUGAAAAUUUAAAAAAAAUUUAUGAUGAUAAAAAUAUAAGUAAUAAGUAUUCAGAGAACCUUUUAAAAAAUUAUGAAAAAGAUUUUAUUGAUGUAGACAAAGAAGAUAAAGACACAAAUGAAGAAAAAAAUAAAAGUAAAGAUGAAAGCAUAAAAGAAAAUGUUUUAACUAAAGAAGAAAACAAAAUUAUUAAAAAUUUUAAGAAAGAAAAAAAAAAAGAAAUAAUUUUUUUGAAUCAAAUGAAAAAUAUUAUAAAAGAGGUUGAUGAGCAAUGCAAAAAUUAUGAUUCAUAUUCGGAUUUAGAAAAUAAAAAAAGAGAAGAAAAAUUAGAAUCUCUUCUAGAAAACUUUACAAAAUUAGACAAAAAUUACUUAAAAGAAUUUUUUUCAGAUGAAGAAAUUAAUAAUAUAGAAGUAACUAUUAAACAAGCCUUAAUGCAAAAGAAAAACAUACAACAAGGAAAUUUUAACUUCAACCAUAAAAAUUUAAGUAAUGAUACUAAUAGCACUGAAGAUAAUGAAUAUGAAGAUUUUGAUAUUUCUAAAUUAACAAAAGAAUUUUUUGAUAACAAAAAUUCUGAAAAUAACGAUACAAUUGACAAUUCUUCAAAUGAUUUAUCAGAUGAUUCAUCUAGAGGAUUAAAUUCUCAAUAA